CUGACUUUUUCAUUUCUACCGACGACAUCCUCAUCAUUGACCGUCAGGUUUAUACACGCGCAUCAUUAGUCUGCUCAUGAAUACUCCGGCAUAGAUCAUAUUCGGAGAGCUUCGUGGCUUCUGGCCCAUCUCCCUUGCUCAACCUUUUUCUCAGACCAGACCACAAGAUGCAGCUAAGCCUUUUCGCCCUAUUCGCCAGCCUUGCGCUGCAGGCGUCGGCUCAAUCUAACAGUCAAAGUGACUCAACGACGGAUUCGGCCUCAGCUACAGCUACUGCAGCAGACUACGCCAGUGGGACCUAUGCCGACGUGAGCACCACUAUCACAUUCACGGCCACCACCAAUUAUGCCACAAUACCAGAUCUUUCCAGCCUCAUGGCUACGGACAACGCUACGGCUGCGGCGUCGAGUCCAGGCUCCAGUAACGCCACAACUACGUCCACGUCAAGCGCGACGGCCACAGUGCUCUCUGGCACAGCAAGGACGACAUCUCUGAAUGGUACAACGACAAGGAACUCCACCACCACAGCAACCUCAUCAUCGGCACGUCCCACUAACACUGUUCCUUGCAACGGCCAUCCUCAAUUCUGUCAACGGAAAUACAGCAACAUCACCCAGGUCGCCGCGCACAACAGUCCGUUCAUCCGGUCAGGCUCCCUUGCAGCUAAUCAGGAGUUGGAUGUGACGACCCAACUCAACGACGGCAUCCGAAUGUUACAAUUCCAAGUUCACCUCGUCAAUGGCACACUGUACCUCUGCCAUACAUCCUGUGACCUCCUCAACGUCGGCACAUUGCAAAACUACCUCACUACUGUGACCAAAUGGUUACGUGCGCACACCAGCGACGUCAUCACCAUCCUAAUCGGCAACUAUGACCUUGUCGACCCAGGGAAUUUCACCAUUCCAAUCGUCAACUCGGGCUUAAUCGAUUUCGUUUAUACUCCGCCCACGAUGCCUAUGCCUCUCGACUCAUGGCCCACCCUCGCGGAGAUGAUCUUCCGCCAGACACGCGCCGUCGUCAUGCUCGACUACCAAGCUAAUCAGACUGCCAUUCCCUGGCUUCUUGAUGAGUUCAGCCAAAUGUGGGAGACGCCGUUCUCGCCUACGGACCGCGACUUCCCCUGUACAGCACAGCGCCCGCCCAAUCAGGCCGUCGCUACACGUGAGAAUAGGAUGUACAUGGCGAACCACAACUUGAACCUCGACGUCAACAUCGCGGGCAUAAGCAUGCUCGUGCCCUUCUUUCCCCUGCUCAACGAAACCAAUGCGGUCACGGGCUACGGGUCCGCCGGUCGCGCUGUGACGAAUUGCACAACCAAGUGGAAUCGGCCACCGAAUUUCUUGCUCGUGGACUAUUAUAACAUUGGCAGUUUCAACGGGAGUGUGUUCGAGGUCGCGGCAGAUGCAAAUAAUGUGACGUACGAUCGUUCUUCAUGCUGUGGCACGGCUGGGACGAGUGCAGCCUUGAAAGACGUCGUGAAUUGCAGGUUCAUGCUAACGCUUAUAACGCUGGUUGGUGGUCUUUUGCUGCUCUGAAUUGGCUGCACGGAUUCAUCAACUUUUGGAAACGGCAUCCAUGGAAAUGAAACCGAAAGACCGGAAUUGGGAAUAUUUUUGCCUUGUGAAUAUUGGCUACGACUGAUCUUGCACAAUUGAAUUGCAUUAGCGAGGGUGUUGAUGAAUUGUGGGCUGUAUUGGAUACUCCAUUAAUAUUUAUUUGUUUAAUCAGCCUGGGUUAAUCCACGAAGU